AGGUUAUAUCCUUUUCGUGUUGUUAUGUCGAAUGUGGGUACCGUUUUCGUAUUGAUAAGAUUGCAAGUACAGCGUAAGUGCAGUAGUAAGUUCGAAUAUUAAUCAUGUUUCAUUUAUAAGACGCAGAGAUUGGUAGGAACAGAUAGACAUGAGGGUACAUAAGGACUUAGUACUUUGGCCAGGACCGUGCAAAAAAAUGUGUAAUAAUCAAGACGGUAUAAAGUAAUCUCUAUAACAUGAAGCAGCAGAAAAUGAACAUGAACAAGGAUCUACAAUAUGAACGAAGUAGAUGUACGUUUAACCCUAUGGAAGUUACGUAUCUUUUCGAUGGCAGUCCAGAAAAGACGAAACGACGCCGUGAUCAAGAACAAUAUUUUUUGGAUGAUCUGGCAUUAAAAGAAAAUGUAGCAAUGAAAUAUAAGAGCCAUAAAGAAAUAUAUGAAGAUUCUUUACGAAUUGCCUGCAAUGUUCUUCACAAAGUUAGAGAAUUGCAACGCUCAGGAAAAGAAGAUGUUGAUCUUCUUUUAAAUAUCUUUGGAGCAAGACUUGGGUCUGCACUGUUCGAAGGUGGAAAUCCAUUGGUCCUGCAUUAUGCUAUGUUUUUACCCUCUAUUUUGGGACAAGCAAAUUCUGAACAGCAAGCAUAUUGGAUAAACAGAGCUUGGUCUGGCGAUGUUAUAGGAACAUAUGCUCAGACCGAACUAGGCCAUGGAACGUUUCUCAGGGGUUUGGAAACUACAGCAACGUACGAUCCGGAAACGAAAGAGUUUGUUUUAAAUAGUCCAACUUUGACAUCCUACAAAUGGUGGCCAGGCGGACUGGGUCACACUGCAAACCAUGCAAUAGUCGUUGCACAAUUAUACACCCAGGGAGAAUGUAGGGGAAUUCAUCCUUUCGUUGUACAAUUAAGAGACGUGGAGACACAUGAACCUUUAAAAGGCAUUAUAAUUGGAGAAAUUGGUACAAAAUUGGGGAUGAACGGCGUUAACAAUGGGUUUCUCGGAUUUCAUGACUUUAGGAUACCACGGGAGAAUAUGUUGAUGAAGAAUUCCAAGGUACUAGAAGAUGGAACAUACGUAAAAUCUACAAAUGAUAAAUUAACGUAUGGUACAAUGGUGUUCGUUCGAGUAAUGUUGCUGACGGAUCUCCUACACUAUUUAACGAAAGCUGUUACGAUUGCGGUUCGAUACAGCGCAGUAAGACGUCAGGGUCAAAUAAAUCCGGAACAACCAGAGGUGCAGAUUCUCGAUUACGUAACGCAACAAUACAAAAUCUUCCCUCAUAUUGCCACAUGUUUCGCAAUAAAAGUUACUGCCAGUUGGGUUUGGGAUAUGUAUAAUACGGUACAAAGUGAAUUGCACCAGGAUGAUUAUGAAAAACUACCGGAGUUGCAUUCUUUGUCAUGUUGCCUAAAAGCGGUUGUAUCUGCAGAUACAGCAUUUGGAAUAGAGCAGCUUCGGUUAUCUUGUGGUGGACAUGGAUACAUGACUGGCAGCAAUCUGCCAACACUUUACGGAUUGGCCACCGCAGUCUGUACUUACGAAGGGGAAAAUACAGUUCUACUUUUGCAAACAGCUAGGUACCUCGUAAAAUCAUGGAAACGAGCUAUGGAUGGAGAAACAUUGCCAGAAUCUGUAGAGUAUCUUAACAAAGCAGCAAAAGAAGUAAAACAUCGUCGUUGGAGUAACGAUUUGGAAUGUCUGAUUGAUGCGUAUAACGCGGUAGCCGCAGGAUCUAUUCGUUUAGCAGCAGAACAUUUGGAUCGCAGGAUACGUGAUGGAGUUCCGACAGAGGAGGCGUGGAAUCAAACGAGUAUCGAACUAGCUCAGUGUGCGGAAGCUCACGCUCGAGUCUUCAUUGUAAAAACAUUUGCAAAAUCUAUUAAACAGUUAAACUCGAAAUCUGAAGAAUUUCGUCAAGUAAUGUUUCAACUCUGUGAGCUGUAUAUCGUAUAUUGGGCUUUGAAGAACGUUGGUAAUUUUCUUCGGUUUUCUUCUAUGCAGAAAGAGCAUGUUCAGACACUUCAUUCACGCUUGGAAUAUUUGCUGAUGACAAUCCGUCGAAAUGCUGUAGGAAUCGUUGACGGUUUCGAUUUCGAUGACCAUAUUCUUUGUUCGGCUUUGGGUGCUUACGAUGGUAACGUUUACGAACGAAUGUUUCAAGAAGCCAUGAAGAGUCCUCUGAACCGUGAAACUGUGAACAUGUCUUUCGAAAAAUACUUAAAACCAUUUCUUAAGAGUAAUUUAUAGUAUAAUCUUUUUAAAGGAAAUAUUUGAUCAUAAUUAUUAUUUCGUAUUUGUUUUGUGAUGAUUUAAUUGUUAUCGUAAGACGUAUUUUUUAUUUGUUAUUAAAUAAUCGAUUGUAUUGUUUGUUGGGUAUUGAUUUAUAUGAUAUAACAACUGUAGCAUAUCAUACGAGCAAUAUCGAAGAUAGAUAUACGUGCUCACUUGUCCAUUUUACUGAGAGUUUAUAUUGAACAAGAAAGAAAGGAUCGAACGUAUUUUUGUACCAUUUCUAUUCGGUAUCAUUGUAAAUGUGUAAUUUAUACAAAGAAGCAUCGCCGUAAUGAUUGUGACUGAAUGUCUGAUAGAGAUUUUAUGUUUAUAAAAAGCUUUCUGAAAAUAUGCGAUCAUUCUGACAUGAGAUGCUUUAAAUAUGUUAUGGGUAAUGGUAUUUUCUAUACAGUUUUUACAAUGAGUAAAAUAAUAUUUUGAAGUACAAAAAUGUAUAUUUUUAUUGCUAAACCUGUAACUCCUCAAUGAAAAUUGCAUUUUAGAAUUGAAAGAUUUUCAUAUGGCAUGGUAUUUAUUUAUAGAAUGCAAUUGGUGACAUACAUGUAGUAUUGUUCCUUGUACUAACAUACCGCAAUUAUUGUUAAUUUCCUAUCGCAACAGAAAUAAUACUAUUCGUACAUGAAUAAAAUGCAGUUUGUGAGAUUCAUUGGUACCGCUGCGGCAUCAUAGUCUUGAAUUUUGAUAUAUA